AUGACUACCCUUUCCGAAUACCGCCUGCUCUCCUUCGACGUGUACGGCACCCUCAUCGACUGGGAGACCGGAGCGUUGAAUGGCUUCCAACCUCUGAUAGAAGCCAGCGGGAUCCACCGCAGUCGCGAGCAGAUCCUCUCCGCGUACUACGAAUGCGAACGGGCUCAGCAAAGUGCUACCCCUACGAUGAAGUACGCCGAUCUCGUUGCCGCCAUUCAUCCCCAAAUGGCGGCGCGUCUGGGGCUGCCCGCGCCGACUCCUGAGCAGAGCAGAGCCUUUGGACUGUCCGUGCGGGACUGGCCUGUUUUUCCGGACACUAUAGAUGCUCUUAAGCGUUUGCAGAAGCAUUUUAAGCUGGUUUGUCUUUCGAAUGUGGAUGCUGAGUCUUUUAGGGGCUCGAAUGCGGGAUCUUUGGAGAACUUCCCGUUCGAUUUGGUCAUUACCGCUGAGGAGGUGGGGAGUUAUAAGCCGGAUCCGAGGAACUUUAAGUAUAUGUUGCACGAGGCGCAGGAGAAAUUUGGUGUUCCGAAGGAGAGGGUUAUUCAAACAGCUCAGAGUCAGUUUCAUGAUCAUCAUGCUGCGAGAAAGAUGGGGAUUCGCUCGAGCUGGAUUGUCAGACCGGGGUCGAUCAUGGGGAAUAUGGAUGAGUAUGUGUAUGACUGGAGGUUUAACACUCUGGGCGAUAUGGCGGAUGCACUCGAGAAGGGGCUUUAG